AUGAUGAUUCCUUUUGAGAAGCAGGUACAGUUUCGGAAGGAUACUGUGAAUGGAGCUUACAAGAUUGCAGAAGGAACUCACCUAGAAAUAAAUGUUGGUAUGCAUCGUUUUGUAUGCGAUUUUCGUCAUGGUUGUGGUCGUAGAGAUCUUCGGGAUCGAUGUAAUAGUCGAAUUUGUACACACAUUGUAAAGGAGGAAGAAAAAAUAUGUCGAAAGGAGAUCCUUGGAGGUCCCGCCUAA